AUGGCAGCUGGCUUUUGGCAGGAGAUGUUCAACGCUAUCACCAUGCUGGUGCCCAGCGUUUACCUGGCCUUUCACAACCAAACCGAAGGCGUACCCAGCCGAAUUCGGCUCAUGACCUGGGCCACCUACGCGCAUUGCUUGUUCAGCUGCGCCUACCACUGCCAAUGUGCAUUGUAUAGUGGCCGAAAGGACUUCAACCAUUUUAUGAGCCCUUUGCGCACCAUGGACCUGUCCAUGAUCCAUGUGUGCCUGCUGGCCUACACACAUGCGGUGUCAGACGACAACGCCAUCUUCGAGCUGCUGGCGAUGCUCCUGAAUUUGGCCUGCGUCUUCUGGCUGAUCUUCCGGCAUUUGCGUGGUGUGCCGGGCAGCCAGGCAGACUCAUUGCCCGCGGCGGGGGGCAUUCUGCUCUACCUCUCUGCCAUGUUGGCCCGGGGCGAUUUGGCCAACUUCACCUGGGUGAGCCUUUUCUACGCCGUGGGCGGCGUUUGCUGGAAGAAGAGCUCCGCCUUAGGGCACUGGGGCCACGGGCUCUUCCAUCUCUGCCUGACGCCUUGCGCCCACUUUGUGCUGAAGAGCUCGGCUUUGGCCCUGGGAGACGCCUGCCCGCUGGAUCUGUGA